CGCACUUGGAUUACCGGGCAGUCAACUGUCACCGCUCAUAACGGCCACAGAUCCGGCACCGUGCACCGCGCUCCUCUCCUGCGCCGCGCACCGCCGGCCGUUAACUCAUCUCUUAAUAAUAAAAAAAAUAAAAGGAAGACGCCCGGGCAAAGCCGCGGCGGUGGUAGCGUUUGAUUGAUUUUUAUUGUGGGCUUUUAUCGCCGCGGAUAAGUAAGAAAAAAAAAAAGUUUUUCAUUGACACUGCCUUAAAUAGGAGCGCAGAAGCUGCUGGGAGUCGGUCUCGGCGGAAGGACCUCUUCUGUGAGGAAGGCUCUUCUCUGGUUCUCCUCAGAUUAUCUGACUCUUUAAAACCUGUUUAACUAAGAGAUCCGCCUGUGUGAAGAAGAUAUGAGGUUAGCGGGUUUCUGUUGGAUCCUUUGGUUUCUCCCAAUGUGCACGGCGGCGGCGGGCAAUGAGCCAAUCUCGCACCCAUCGCUCAACAAUGGACAGAACAUUAUUGAGGGACGGAGUGAGGAGGCGCUGAGCCAGGGUCAAUACAAAUGUCUUGAGCUGUCCAACAAAGACCACCAGCAAAACAGAACCGAUGUGUUCUGUGGUCUUAUGUGGGACGGUUUGUUGUGCUGGGAUGAGACACCAGCUGGAACAUCUGUAACACAAAACUGUCCAGAUCAUCCUGACCUCAAAUCAGCUGAAACAGUGACCAAAUAUUGUGAUGAAUUGGGUAACUGGGUCCAGACCGGCUCUACCUGUCAACCAGCUUUGGAGGACAAAUUAGAGAAGGAAAUCCCCGGUUUUUUAAGGGAUGCCGCGGAAAAGCCAACCUCAGGCGAUAAUGCAGAAAAAAUGGUCCCUGAAAAUGAAAAGAAAUGCCAGGAGAAAAUGAAGAACGAUCCGCCUUAUAAUAAAUCAGGUCUGUACUGUGGUCGUAACUGGGAUGGUUGGCUGUGCUGGGAUGACACUCCAGCAGGAACCUAUGCCUCCCAACACUGCCCCAGUUACGUUGAGGACUUUGUCCCUACAGAAAUAGCUACGAAGUACUGCGGAGCAGAUGGGCAGUGGUUUCACCACCCAGACAGCAAGAGGAUUUGGACCAACUAUACACUCUGUACAAACGCCCAUGACAAGAGGAUGAGGAAACUGAAGAUGCUUGAGAACGAAUAUAAAUGUCUCCAGAAAAUAAACAAAGACCCACCGUACACAGCAGGUCCAUACUGCAGUCGUAACUGGGAUGGCUGGCUGUGCUGGGACGACACUGCGGCAGGGACCUAUGCGUCUCAGAACUGCCCCGAUUAUUUUUCUGACAUCAGCCCCACCGAAAAGGCAACCAAGUACUGUGGGGAGGAUGGGCAGUGGUUUCGCCAACCAGAGAGCAACAGGACCUGGACCAACUACACUCUCUGUUUUCUCGACACUAAGGACAGACUGAAGGCUGCCGCCCAGUUUUCCAGAGACAAUGAAGUCGAGUCCACCAGCGAGGCUACAGUCAAUCCAGAGGACGGGGAAAUUGGCAGAAAAAAAAUCCUCGACCGGCAGUACAAAUGCUUUGAGAAAAUGAACCGAGAUCCGCCUUACAACAAAUCAGGUCUGUACUGCAGUCGUAACUGGGACGGCUGGCUUUGCUGGGAUGAUACUCCGGUGGGAACGUACUCCUCUCAAAACUGCCCUGACUACUUCGAAGACUUCGACCCCACAGAAAAAGCAACUAAGUAUUGUGGAGAAGAUGGUCAGUGGUUUCGCCACCCAGAUACCAACAGGACUUGGUCCGACUACACACUCUGCAACGAAAACACACAGACAAAGCUGAAGUCAGCCUUUAUCCUGUUUUACAUGGCAAUUGUGGGCCAUGCUCUGUCCAUAGCCUCCCUGCUGAUCUCUCUGGCCAUCUUCUUCUACUUCAGGAGUCUGAGCUGCCAAAGGAUCACCCUCCACAAGAACCUCUUCUGCUCCUACGUGCUCAAUUCUGCCCUCACCAUCCUCUACCUCGUCACUGUGGUCAACAAUCCCAAAGUGGUGAGCAGAAACCCGGUUGGCUGUAAGGUCCUGCAGUUCUUCCACAUGUAUAUGUUGGGCUGCAACUACUUCUGGAUGCUCUGUGAGGGAAUCUACCUGCACACACUCAUUGUGGUGGCUGUGUUCGCAGAGGAGCAGCAUCUGCACUGGUACUACCUCCUGGGCUGGGGUUUUCCUCUAGUGCCUGUAUCCAUCCACGCCGUGGCAAGGAAAAAGUAUUUUGACGACAACUGUUGGAUGAGUGUGGAUACCCAUCUGCUCUACGCGAUCCAUGGUCCUAUAGUGGCAGCACUUCUUGUCAACCUCUUCUUCCUACUAAAUAUUAUAAGAGUACUGGUUACCAAGUUGAGAGACACGCAUCGGGCAGAGUCCAACAUGUACAUGAAGGCGGUGAGAGCCACCCUGAUCCUGGUGCCGCUGCUGGGAAUACAGUUUGUCAUUCUUCCCUGGAGGCCAGAAAACCGUCUGGCCGGUGAGGUCUACGAGUACAUCAUGCACAUAUUCAUGCACUACCAGGGUUUACUGGUGGCAACAAUAUUCUGCUUCUUCAACGGAGAGGUGCAGGCAGCUCUGAAAAGACAGUGGAUGCAGUAUAAAACUCAGUGGGGUCAGAGGCGAAAGGACCACUGCUCCAUGCGCUCCACGUCCUACACGGCCACCUCCAUCACCGAGGUCCCCGCCUUCAUGUACCACCAAGACUGCAACACCGAACACUUGAACGGGCGCCACACGGAGGACUCUGAACUGGUGGCACUAAAAUCAGGAGACACGUACGCUUGAGUCUCUCCGAGGGGCCAGCAGCAUCUACCGGUGGAAACAGAAGCCGCAGAAGAGCAGCAGACGGAAAUGUACAGAAAAGAAAACGAUUCCUAUUUGUCCGCCAUAUCUCAGUGAUUUAAUCUCAGAUGCUAAUGCUAGCCCGGGACGACGAUACGGGUCUGGAAACCAGAAGAGCUCAUUGAGACGCAGAUGGGAUUAGCUUCAAGGCUGACACAUUUUACAUUUUACUUUUUGUUAGUGUCACGGCUGCUUUUUUUUUUCUUCUUUUUUUUUGUGGAAAAUUUUGAUGUGGAGGACUGGUGGUACGACACAAGCUGCUUUUGACUUUUGUCAACUUCCUAAAGCUGCUAAACUGGGACGGAGGCUAAUGGUGGUGUGGAGCAAAAAAAAAAAAAAAACUGUGACCAGUAGGGGGAGAGGGAGGGCGAGGGGCGUGUUUUCUGUUGGAGAUGAUGGUGCUGAAUGUGACAGAUGACGGUAGAGAUUGUGAAUAAUGAUGAAGCAGAAGAACCAAUCAUUCCCAACCUCACCUAUACCAAAGGGUACUGUUUGUCGGUCACAGCUAUGAGGGCGUACGAUGUCCACCUGAGCACAGAUGUGGUACCAUGAAGCAACACAUGCACACACAUACACAAACCUGGUUAUAUGUGCCAUGGCAGAGGUCAGAUGUUCAAAUACUCUCUGCACUCAAAGCUCUGGAAAUCGUGUACAUAAACGUAUGUUCACCAUGUUUCAUUUGAAAAAUAAUGUUUCAGUGUAUUUACUUUGGUUUUCUGUUAAUAUUUUUAUUCUUGCCGAUUCCUGAGUACGUGCUAAGUGUUUGUCCCGUGAUGCUGCAUUCCCCCCCGACUGCUUUGGUGUUUUUUGCAGUUGCUGUACUUGUGCUGAUGCCGAAGAUCACAGGGCCGAGGAGCAAAUAUGCACACGAGAUUCACACAAGGCGACUUUGUUUCGAGGCUGUGGCUAUAAGUCUGACAAAGAUCUUAUUCUUAAUCGCCCUUUGUCUGCUCACGGUGCCUAUAAUCUACCUUCUGCUUUUAAAAAUUCUGUCCUCCCAGCAUUGGCAUUCAUUCAUUUUGUAGCAUUUUGUAUGAAUGAAUGAAUAAAGGGCAAACAAAAGGUCGAAGAUAAAACGGUGAGAAGAUUUUGUUUAUACUUUAUGCACAGAGUAAUUGAGGUCUUAAAGGCGAGUUCACAUCUUUGAAUGUGAAUCUUUACUCUUACAUAGACAUUAAAUAUAAAUGCAUCAUACUUAUUCCUAAACACAUAAACAUUCAUAUUACUGAAGUCUUUCCGAGUAUACAGAAGGUUUGUUGGGUGUUGCAUUUAUCUGUGAAGUUAACACUAGAUUUCUAAGCUGCAUAUUCAUUAUUAAAUUCAGCCAGAGCAUAAUAAUUUAUAGUCUUGGAGCGUUUAGCCAGUAGCCAUUAAAAAAAAAAAUCUGGCUGUUCAUAUUACUGGGAUUUCUUCUUGACCCCAUCAUAAGAAAUUAGCACUCCCUCGUCACACAGUUGAGAGGGAUUUCCAAGAUUAAUCUGAAUUUAUUGGAGAAGGAAAAACAGCAACAAACGAGUUUAUUUGUUGCAAAAGAAGGUGCAAAUCUGCAAAAAUGUGAAGCCUUGCACCGUAUGACUUUGAGGAAACGUCACUGAAACAUCUGCAAGGUGUGCAUUUGUUAAUCUAUCCUUAAACUGGUUUGGGAUUAAUUGCAACAAUUAAAAGAAAACUAAACUGAGUAUCGAACACAAUAUUUUCAGUUUCACUUCCAAACACGUGCUGUCUACAUGGUGCUAAUCCUCAUAUUUGCGUGCUGAUCUUUUUCCUGCCAUUGUCAACUGGAAAUAAACGUUGGACGUGAAUUUGUGUGCGCUAUGUGAGACGUAUGGCGUACCGAGGGCGACGAUAAAGAGCAGAUGGAAAUUAACCACGGACCUAAAUUUACACAUUUAACCCGACGGAAUGAUCUGCACACCACGCACGUUCACGCUGUUAAUGACCAAACAUGUGCUUUCCGUUUCAGCCAGAUAAGAUUUAUUCGGGAAUUUAUCUGAGUAGAAAUCUGAACGCUCACCACCGCAAGAUAAUUGUAUUGAAUUACUCAGAAAAUCAGGUCACCGAAUCAAAUCACAUGUUAUUGAAAGUAGGGGCGUGUAUUUUAUAUCUUCGCUUAACAACUGAUUUUUUUUCUACAAUUCCCCACUGAAUGAAACACACACCGGGACCCACUGCAAUAACAUAUUUAAGAGGCUUUUUUCUUUGUUGUUGUUGUUGCUAGCCAAGUGUAAGGAAGGGACAGGGAGUGACAAUCAUUAGCAGCAGAGUACAUAUUUUAGUGCUACGAGGUAUUUAUUUUAGUACGAAAUCCAUCUUCUGCUUUCUCCUUAAUAUAGUGAUUUAUCUUGGAUCUGGUGCACACUGUAAGACAUAUAUAUUAGUCUUUGGGGUUCUGGAUUCUAUAUAUUUUGUAUGUUCAUACCCGUGUAAAUACGAGCAGACACUGUGUACAUAAUAGAUUUUUGCACUGUGACUAUUUUUGUUACCUUUUCCCUGUCAUUUAUAGCUAGCUUGUGUUUGUCUCCUUCUCCCUCACAGCUUGGUCUGGCAUCAUCUCAAAGGCUGAUAAAAGAUUUGAAUUUUGUAAAAGCCAAA